CCAAGAACCUGUACAUCAUCUCCGUGAAGGGCAUCAAGGGCCGCCUCAACCGGCUGCCGGCGGCUGGUGUGGGCGACAUGGUGAUGGCCACUGUCAAGAAGGGCAAGCCCGAGCUGCGGAAAAAGGUCCACCCAGCAGUGGUCAUUCGGCAGCGGAAAUCAUAUAGGAGAAAAGAUGGGGUGUUCCUCUAUUUUGAAGACAACGCAGGAGUGAUAGUAAAUAAUAAAGGUGAAAUGAAAGGCUCGGCGAUCACAGGCCCUGUGGCUAAGGAGUGUGCGGAUCUGUGGCCCAGGAUAGCCUCCAACGCAGGAAGCAUUGCAUAAACGUGUUCAUCUUCCCAGAGAGAAAAUAAAAGUCCUUAUACCA